UAAAGAAGUUUGUAUGUUUUCGUUUCUGGGUUUUGAUUUUUCGAAACAUUUCAUACACGGGGUGUUUAAAGUUUCAGUUUUGAACUAAAUUUUCGUGUGACCCACCUCAUUAUUGUUAUUUUUUUUAAAAACAAAAAUUUGGUAAGAGUGUUGUCUUUGUAUGCCGUAAGUAGAUUUGUGGUAGGUUUGGUCUGAAACCCGAAGAAUUUGUUUGAUGUUUCUAAGGUUGGGAUUUUGGUUAUUGAGCGUUUGGAAUUGAUGGAACAGUUUGUUGCUACCCCUUGUGAUUGAUCCGCGUGAUUCAGUUUCUGCUUGGUCCAUUGGGGUGUCUUGGAUUGUUCGGGGUCAUGGAAAAAAUGAAAGCUACUCUAGUUCAAGAGAAUGAUAGAGAAGGGAUAUAAAUGGCUGCUGGGGGUUGGUCGGACAAGCAUGGCAUCUAGUCAUCCAUUCUUUGAUGAUAUCCGGAGCAGAUGCAGUGUCGAUCCUCCUCAAACGGAAGAGCCAACUGAAGUUGGUGAACUUGUGAAUGAGCCUCUGCAGACUGCCCUUAAACCUCAUGGGACUGUUACAAGCAGUGUUCGUGAGCUGUUAGAGUGCCCUGUGUGUUUAAAUGCUAUGUACCCUCCAAUCCACCAGUGUUCAAAUGGUCACACUUUAUGCUCUGGUUGCAAACCCAGAGUCCAUGAUCGGUGCCCUACAUGUAGGCACGAGCUUGGCAAUAUCAGAUGUCUGGCACUGGAAAAGGUGGCUGCAUCAUUAGAACUUCCCUGUAAAUAUCAAGGUUUUGGGUGCAUGGGCAUAUACCCAUAUUACAGCAAGCUAAAGCAUGAAUCUCAAUGUGCAUUUAGACCUUAUAAUUGCCCAUAUGCUGGUUCAGAAUGUUCAGUUAUGGGUGAUAUACCUUACCUUGUGACCCAUCUGAAAGAUGAUCAUAAAGUGGACAUGCACAAUGGUUGUACUUUCAAUCACCGUUAUGUCAAAACAAAUCCACAAGAAGUCGAAAAUGCCACAUGGAUGUUAACGGUUUUCAGCUGCUUUGGUCAGUAUUUCUGUCUACACUUUGAAGCUUUUCAGCUAGGAAUGGCUCCUGUCUACAUCGCUUUUUUGCGGUUCAUGGGGGACGACAAUGAGGCGAAGAACUACACGUAUAGUCUGGAGGUGGGUGGAAAUGGGAGGAAGAUGAUUUGGCAAGGGGUGCCCAGAAGCAUUAGGGAUAGCCACCGCAAGGUUCGUGACAGUUUUGAUGGUCUCAUCAUUCAGAGGAGCAUGGCUCUAUUCUUUUCUGGGGGUGACAAGAAGGAACUGAAACUACGAGUCACUGGGAGAAUUUGGAAAGAGCAGUGAACAGUGAUGACCUAUUUGUAUUAGCUACAUUAGUUUGUAGUGUACCUAUUUCUUAAUUCUUUUGUAGUGGUAUGAAUCUUCUGUUCAUGUAUUGCAUUUUGUAAUUUAGGUGGCAACAUCUCUUUGCUUAGCUCUAGAUCAAAUACAUGAACAAGAAGACUCAUUAUGAUAUAUUUUAAUAUAGAUGUACAAUCUUAGUUUGCUCCAAUCUUCUGCAUUCUUCCCA